UUGUUUCUCUAAUUCAAUCUCCAUCCAUGCUGCACGAAAAAUUCAAUGAUGCUUAGAUAUUAGUUUUAGAGAAGAGUUUUUUAAAAGAGGAGUCCCACAAUCAUGGUGACACAGUUGAAUGUGAAAAGAUGAAAGAUUCAAGUUGCAACUCACGUCAACGGCCAUGUAUCGUCUCCAAUUUACUGUAUUUUUUUCUCCUAACAACAAACGAUAUUUUGAUCCAUCCACCUCAUCCUUUUUUUUAACAUUAAAACGAGUUUGGUCUUUCAGUUAUAUUUGGUCUCCAGGUAUAAUUUCUCUUUCACUCAUGUCCUUUUUACCAAUUCUCCUUUAGUUGUAUCUUCUUGCGAGAGGAGUAUUUCCGAGCUCAUUUUUCGGCGCCAGGAUUUCCGUUCCGGUUAAAAAUCGCAUGAUCCUCCCAUCCGCUAGCCGCAAAAUACUAAAUUACUAAUAAACAAAGGCGCAAAGCGGUGAGUUGUAUCCCCAAAUCAAACAUAGUGCCAGUGGCGACUUGAGUGUGUGGGUGUGAAAUUGCAUGGUCUGCAGAGGGAGUGACAGUCCGACAGAGGAACAGCCCCUCAAACUCAGACUUUGAUGAAAUGUUUCAACCCAGCAGACAGAAACUUCAAGAUGGUUUACAAAUGUUAGGGAUGAAAAUUAAGCACCAUGAAGGCAACCUAAAUCUUUUGAAUACUCAAAAAACUAAACUAGAUGAUUCUAUUCUUGGUUUGCAAGAUAUUUUUGAGAAAUAUAAAUCAUCAAGUAUGCCCAAGAAUUGCAAAGCGGACAAUUUGCAGCCAACAAGUGAGGAGGCAAUAAAUGAACAGAUAUUGCAACUUAAAAAAUCUGCUGCUGGUAUAUUACGCCAGCUGAAAACUUAUCACGGGACUCAAGCAUCUAAUCUUUCAUUGAUAAAGGAUAUUGUGGGUAUUGUUGCUACCCUGGGAAAAGUUGAGGAUGAUAACCUUAGCAGGCUUUUCUCAGAGUAUCUAGGAGUAGAGACUAUGCUGGCAAUUGUCUGUAAGACUUAUGAAGGAGUUAAAGCUCUUGAAAUUUUUGACAAUGAUGGCUGCAUAGACAAGAGUUCUGGUCUUCAUGGGCUAGGUGCCUCAAUUGGAAUGGCCUUGGAUGGUCGUUUUUCAGUGAUAUGUCUGGAAUCUCUCAGGCCAUACGCUGGUAAAUUUGUGCUUGAUGACCCGCAGAAAAGGCUGGACAUUUUAAACCCAAGAUUACCCAAUGGAGAGUGUCCAGUUGGGUUUCUUGGCUUUGCUGUAAAUAUGAUAAAUAUAGACGGCUCAAACUUAUUUUGUGUAAUUCCCAAUGGUUAUGGUCUCAGAGAAACUUUGUUUUAUAGUCUCUUUUCACGUUUGCAAGUAUAUCAAACGAGGGCGAAAAUGAUACAAGCACUUCCUUGCAUAAGUGACGGAGCUCUUUCUUUAGAUGGAGGAAUGGUUAGGACUAGUGGUGUAUUUUCCUUGGGCAACAGGGAAGAUGUAGAUGUCAAGUUCCCCAGCCCAGCGGAGCUUGGUAACUACAAUGAAAUUGAGAGGCAAAUGAAGGAUUUGAAAGCGGAGAAGGACAAGAUUCUGCGGGAUGAAAGGGAACAGAGUUUGUUGGACGCAGCAAAGUUCAAUUUCAAUAAAAAAAAGAAUGAGUUUCUGAAGUUUUUAGCAGAAAGUUCAUCAUAUGCAACUCAGGUAAAUGCCCCAGUGAUACCUCUUAACUGA